AUGGAAAAGUCGACGGAGAAGCAGAACAGCAUCACAAUCACCGACUACAAGUGUCGUCUGUCAACGAAGGAGAUAGAACGAAUGCUGUUAGAUGCGGAGACGUUUGAGCAGGAUGACGAGAAGGAGAGGAGUAGGGUGGCGGCCAUGAUUGUGUUGGUGGACUGCAUCUACAGCAUGAAGAGGAAAAUGGAGAAGGAGGAGAUGAAGCAGAAGAUAUCGGAAGAUUGUCGACAAAAUAUACUCUCGAGGUGUGAGGAAACGAUCGAGUGGACAAAAACGGAGAAAGAGGCCACAAAGGAGGACUAG